CACUCAAAGAUGGAGCAAGAGGAGGAGGAACCUGUAAAGAGCGGGAACUCGGCCUUCGCGAGCCAGCUGAUGAGGAUAAUGGAGCUACUAGACGGGAACCUGGAGACAAAGUCAAAACAGUACAAAGACAUACCACUGAGCUGCAUCUUCAUGAUGAACAACGGGAGAUACAUAGUGCAGAAGAUCAAAGGAGCAGCAGAGAUACACGAGGUGAUGGGUGACACAUGGUGCAGGAGGAGGUCGUCAGAGCUAAGGAACUAUCACAAAAACUACCAGAGGGAGACGUGGGGGAAGCUGCUAGGGUUCUUAGGGCACGAGGGGCUCAUGCACAACGGCAAGAUAGUCAAGCCCAACCUCAAGGAGAGAUUCAAGAGCUUCAACGCAACCUUUGACGAGAUACACAAGACGCAGACCACUUGGGUAGUUAACGACGAGCAGCUGCAGAGCGAGCUGAGGGUCUCCAUAACUGCAGUCAUGAUA